UCAAUUGGCAACGAAAACCUUGAAUUAAAUGUUAGAUUAUCAAAGUUUACAUGAUAAACAACAAUAUCCAAGGCCAAUGUUAGGCCUGAGUUAAGUUACCAAGCAGGUUUCAAGAAUCAACAAUUUGAGCCAACAAUCAGUUGAACAAUUAACUUUAAUCUAACCUAACAUAUGAGUUGUAAUGUUAAACACUGUUAAUUGUUACAGUUAUCAAAUAUAAUUAGGAUAAUAAUAAUGAUAAGUACGAUGGUUAUGAAUUGAAUUCUGUUGGUGUUACAAAUUGUUAUUGUUUCAUUAAUAUCAUGAUAUUGUUUUUAAUUAUUUUAUCAAUUUGAAGAGAGAGAGAAAAAAUUACCUGGAUUCUGAAAAUGCCCUGAAGGUCAUUAAAUAUCUUUAACGCAUGAGCUUCAUUUGAUCAACAUCUUCAAGUGACCUGAGAUGAGGUCAAAAUUAAGAUGAUUAAGUAAAUUGAAGGGUUGAUAGUUUUUCUUAAUGAUUUUAUGCUCCAUUGUAAACAUCAAGUCUUCAUCUCUUAAUUGUCAGUGUUCAUUAUCAUUAAAAUUCAAAUUUUUACAUCAGAAUGAAAGAGAAAGAAAAAAACAUUUAAUUUACUAAUUGUUGUAAAUUUCAAUCUUUUAACGAAAUCAGUGUUUGCAAAGCGUUUCAAUCAUCAACCUUAAUCAUUAUAACGGUUUUUUCUUGAUUGUUCACUCGGUUGGUCAAGGAUUUGUUACUUUCUUUUUCUUAUUGUUCUUAAAGGAUUAGAUUAAAAGAGAGUUAAUUGUGAUGAAACUUAGAUGAUUAUCUUCCUGUGAUCUAAUUAGAUUAUAUCUUAUUCAGUAUUCCCUUGAUCAGAACAAUUAUAUCAUUGUUUUCAUUAUCGAGAAUAUAAUUGCUGAUUGGAAAAGAAAAAUGAAAUUUUACCAGAAAAGCGCAAGAACACAAAUUACAACGUAAUCAGUUGAUGAUUACGAUGAAGAAAAUGAAGAUGAGGAUGACAAGAAGAUGAUGAGGAGGAAGAAGAAGAAGAUAAUGAUGAUGAGUUCGAGUAAACAUGGCGCCCAGUCCGUGAGCCGAUUCAAUCUCAUUCUUUUCCUAUUUUCCUCUUCCAUAUCAUCUUCAUCAUCCUCAUCACCAUCUCUUUGCCUCUUCUUGUCUCUCUCUCUCUCUCUCUCUUUCUUCCCUUCGUGAGGUAAAAUCGUUAAAGUGAAAAAGAAAGAGAAGAUAAGGUAAAAUAGAAAGAGACUCUGGAAGAUAAAGAAAGGAGAGAAAAAGAUCAAGAGAGGGAAAAAAGAAAGAGAUGAUGAUGAUGAUAGAGAAAACUAAGGUUAAACCCCAUUUUGUUUUCCAUUGUUUCCCCUAUCAUCCAUUCCGACACGAGCCAAUCAGAGUGAGAUGCCAACUCAGCUCUUGUUCAUCAUCUUCAUCAUCUUUAUCAUCCUCAUCAUCAUUCCCUCUUUCUUUAUCCUCUUUCUUUUACUCUUUCUUUCUCUCUCUCUCUCCAUUAUCACCUUUAGCAUUUUGACCCUUUCGAGUUUUAUCAUUUUCGACUUACAUUAUCAUCACCAAACGAACUCCUUGUUAAUCAUGUUUCGAGAAAAGAAAAACAUAAUUUUCAUAAUUAAACUCGUCAACAAUUAGUUUUAAUCACUUUCAACUCACCUAAUUGUUAUCAAGGUAAAACUGUAUCACAAUCAAAGAGUAAUUAACUUAACCAUAAAUUCAAUAUACUCAAAGUGUUACAAAAAGUAAUCAAGACAAAGGAAACUAAAUUAAAUUACCAACAAAGUUUCCGAAAGAAAAAAAAAUUAGUAACUACAAUUAACUUUUAAUUCAGUUUAACUGUUGAUUGUUACAAGUUAAGUAUUUAAAGUUUGAUUGAUUAACGAGAAAAUUAAAGGUAAUUGGAAACACAUCAUCUAAUCAAAUCAUCCGCUUUCAGAACUAAAUUGAUAACUACAAUUAAAGUAAAAGAGAGUAACAAUCAAAUUCAAUUAAAUGUUCAAUCUUCAAGUUAAUAAUAAAUAAAAUUAACUAAUAACAAUCUAAACAAUUAAACUAAUUCUAAUCAUUGUGAUCACCUGUGUGUGUGUAGCCUAAGUGAAGGUAUUAUUUAUAAUCAAGGUAAUUGUUACGAGAGAAGAAAAAAAAAGUUAAAUUGUGAUUAAGAUAAUCAAUUUUUGUGAUCAAGUUUAACUGAGCCUCACAAACGAGCAAGUUAAUUAAUAAGAAACAAUCAACUACAAUUAACUAACCAGUUUAAGUGAUUAAAAACAAGGACAGCCUUUUAUUGUACAUGAUGAAAACUUUGUUGUUGUUGUUGUUUACAUUUGAUUGUUAGUAUAUUUUGACAAUACAAACCAUCAACAAUCAAAUUCAUUUGUGUAACAAUUAGUAAAUCAUGAUGAAAGUAAAAACCGAUGAGAAAACUUUGAAACUCUUGUGAUCAAUUAAAUUGUAAUAUACUUGAGAGGCAAUUACAAGCCAUACAAUAUAAAAAUUUAGUCUACUGGCCAUACAAAAGGCCUCAGGGCAAAUAUAAUAGCCGAUAUCUAAUAUCUGAUUUCUUGAAAUUGAUCACAAUUAACAUGGUGAUAAUCUGAUCAAUUUGAUUGAUAAAAACCAUCCCAAUGUGACGGACCUUAAGUGCAACUUUUUUCUUGUCUUUUUCAGUGUUAACUUUAUCACUUUUUGGCCUCAUUUCAUUCAUAAGUGUUUCUUUUUCACCCUCAUCUUCAUCCUCAUCCUCAUCCUCAUCUUCAUCAUCAAUUUUGGCAACAUUCAUAAUAUUAAACCUUUCUCAUUGUUGAUCAUCAUCCUCAUCACUCAUCAUCAUGUUGAUUGUAAUAACAUGAAAUUCAAUUGAACGAGUCUUUUUCAAAUGUUGGUCUUUUUUUACUGUUAAUGUCAUUUCUUUAUACAUAAAAAGUUAUUCUUUCUGAUGAUUAAAAAGUGUUACAAACUAAAUCAACAACAAUUUAAUACAAUUUGUAAUCAAUUUUCGAUCAUCUUAAUCAUCAUCAUCAUCAAUGAAUGUUUUCACUUGAGAGAAAUUCAAGUAAAAACAAGAGAAUUGAAAAAAAAGAAAAACAUUCCUCAUCCUUCAGAAUAGUUUCUCCUUCAUCAUCUUCUUAUAAUUCAUUACUCAUUAUCACCAUCGUCAUUCAGUUAUUUCCACCACGACUUCAACCACCACCAUCGCCAUCAUCAUAUCAAUAGAAUCAUCAUCAGAACUUCAUCCUUAGUUUUAUAAUUUUCUUCCGUUUUUCUUCAUCUUCAUCUUCAUCUUUUCUGUUCUCAUUGGACUUGACGAUCGUCUUGUUAAGUUGCCAGAAUUGAGAGAUGAUGAUGAUGAGGAGAGAGAGAGAGAAGAAAAUGAGAAGAUAAAUUUGAAUUCAUCUUUAGAAUCAAGUCUCAUUUAGUUAAAUCAGUUUGUUGGAAAAACAUGACCAGUUAAAUUGUUAUUAAUUCCAUUCCAAUUUGAUAAUUGACAUUCAACAAGUUAUUUUAAUCCGAAUGGAGGUUAAUCAGGAGAAAAUGGAUAAUCCAUUGACGAAAUCAAUAAGGGAUUCGAUUGAUUGUGAACAAUCAAAUUCUUCAUCAAAAGUAAUCAAAGAGGAAAAUGAUAAAGAGAAUAGAUUUACAAAUGAUGAUGAUGAUGCUCGAAGAAAAAGUGACCAAUCGCUAUUCGAUAUGAUCAAAUCUCGACCUAAAAGGCCCAAUAGAAAAGUACCAAGUCGAUUGAUGAAAUCAACCAACGAUAAACCAGAUAUUGUCAUUAACGAAUCAACAAGUGGUGAUGAAAAAAAGCCAAAACAAUCAACACAAUCAACGAAAACAACAACAACAAUCAACAGUACUCUUGAUAUUGGACUUGAUACAUUUUUCCAAAGUUCAUUGGUCACAUUUAAACGUCGGACUUUCGCUGAUGUUUAUCCAAUGGAUGAAGUUUUAUCUAAAUGUUUAUCACAAUCAACAUCAAAAUCAACACAAAAUUCAAACGAUAAAAGUGAUAAAAACAAUAACAAUGAGAUGAAUGAUUCUCAUGAUAGAGAAAAUAAAUUAACUCCAUUAUCGUUAGCUGAUAGAAUAGCUCGAUCUCGAUCAUCACCUAAUCUAAUUGACCCAAGGAAAAUGUUACUACCUGGUGAUCCUCGUCACAAUUUAUCCAUCAUUAAGGAAUUAAGAUCUCGACAGAAAAGUGGUGAAUCAACUGAAAUCUCUCAAAAUAACAACAAUAACAAUUUAAAUCAUCAUUCAUCACUUUUGUCAGAAUUACGAGCUAAAAAUAAACCAUUUUGCUCCAAAAAAGAUGAUCCAACUUUAGUUCGUAAGGAUAAACCACCAAUUUCACUUUUAAAGCCAUCACUUAAAUCUUUCUCUCCUUCCGGGUCUUCAUCUUCUAAAUUAUCAUCAUCUUCAUCAUCAGCAUCAUCGUCUUCAUCUUUCUCUUCAUCAGUACAACAAUCUGGUCAAUUUUUCAAUGUUAAAUUGAGAGAAACAAAAUCAAAUAAGGUUAACAAUUUGAUCAAAUCAUAUACAAGAGCUUCUUUUCCUGUUAAUAGUGAAACUGAUUCUGGUGAGAAGGUGAAAAGAAACAGUGAACCAAAUUGUAAUCAAGUUAAUCAUCAAGAUAAUCAACAUGAGAUAGAGAGGAAAGAUAAUUCUGAUUCUGAUUCUGUUUCUGUUUCUGGUGGUGGAGAAGAUGAUAAAAGAUUAUCGAAGGAGGCAAGCGCUUUAAAUACUGAUGAUGAUGAGAAGGAAGAGAAAAGCCAUCGAUCGAGUGGAGAGUCAUCAUCAUCAUCUGAUGAUGAUGAUGAUGAGGAAGAAGACGAAGAGAAACAAGCAGAAAAGAAAGGAGAUAAUGAGGAUGAUAAUUGCCAUCAAAAUGGAACCAAAUCUUCGGGUAAAUUAUCUUGCUGAUCGAAAAUGUAUAAAGACAAAUAAUAAACAAAGAACAAAAAAAUACCAAUAAGACAAAAUUUGCAAUAAAACUUUGUAAUUACGAGACUUUUUUUCUUGUAUUUUUUAAAUGUUAUAUAUAAA